AAGACACAGAGGUAGAGCUUAGAGAGAGCAAGAAUCCCACACCGGAGCUAGACAUCACAAAAGAAAAACCAUGAGUAAAGAAGCAAAUGAAAUCAGUUCGGCUCCUAUAACACCUCGUCCGGUGGCUCCGGUGGCGCCUGAACAGCAGCAGCCUCCAGUGUCUUGUCCUCCUUCUCAGUACAACUCUCCUUCUCUCUCCCGGUCACCUCUGCUCGAAGCAGCCGUGCCGGCUGCCAACCACCACGGAGGAACUGAAGAUGUCGAAGGCGCCGGUGCAAUAGUUCCGAGCAAGACUCCUAAGGGAGCGAGAACCCCAUUGGGGAUAAGAACCCCAAGGAUGUCUUUGACUCCGAGGUUCCUCACUCCCUUGGGUAGCCCCGUAAGGAAAGCUCUCAAGGCCACAAGGCUUGACCCUGAAGAUGCUUGGCUACCCAUCACCGAGUCCAGAAAUGGCAACAAGUACUACGCUGCUUUUCACACUCUUUGCUCCGGUAUUGGUAUCCAAGCUUUGGUGCUUCCGGUCGCCUUCACUAUCCUCGGAUGGACAUGGGGAAUCAUCUGUUUGACUGUAACAUUCAUAUGGCAACUCUAUACGCUCUAUCUUCUUAUUCAUCUCCAUGAAAACAUCGAAACCGGAGUCCGGUACAGCAGGUACAUGCAACUCUUCGGUUUCACGUUCGGUGAACGAACCGCAAAUCUGCUAGGGCUAUUCCCCAUCAUGUACCUCUCGGGAGGUAACUGUGUGGCCUUAAUCGUCAUUGGUGGAUCGACCUCGAAGCUCUUCUUCCAGAUCGUCUGCGGGGCUACCUGUACUGCCAAGCCAUUGACGACCGUCGAAUGGUUCUUGGUCUUUACGUGUUGCGCUGUGAUGCUUUCAUUGUUGCCUAACUUGAACUCCAUUGCUGGGGUUUCGUUGAUCGGUGCAAUGACUGCUGUUGCUUACUGUACCAUGAUGUGGGUGGUCUCUGUAACUGAGGGUAGGCUUCCUGGUGUGUCGUAUGAUCCUGUUAGAAGAGGAUCCGAAGUUGCAAGAGUGUUUGAUGUGUUGAAUUCCCUUGGGAUCAUCGCUUUCGCAUUCAGAGGCCACAAUCUUAUCCUCGAGAUUCAGGCCACCAUGCCUUCUAGUGAGAAACAUCCAUCACAUGUACCAAUGUGGAGAGGUGUCAAGGUGUCUUACACACUCAUUGCUUGCUGCUUAUUCCCCAUUGCCAUUGGUGGCUACUGGGCCUAUGGUCACUUGAUUCCGGCAAACGGAGGAAUGCUUGCUGCCAUUUACGAAUUCCACUCAAAAGAUGUGUCACAGUUCAUUUUGGGACUAAUGAGCUUGUUCGUGGUGGUAAACGCCAUGAGCUCAUUCCAAAUCUAUGGUAUGCCCAUGUUUGACCACAUGGAGUCUAAAUACACUAGCCGAAAGAAGCAGCCAUUGCCGUGGUGGCUUAGGUGCAUUUCGAGAGCCAUGUUCGGAUUCGGGUGUUUCUUCAUUGCCGUGGCCAUCCCAUUUUUGGGAAGUGUUGCUGGUCUGAUCGGAGGAAUUGCAUUGCCGGUGACAUUGGUGUACCCAUGCUGGAUGUGGCUCAAGAUCAAGAAGCCUAAGAAGUACGGCGUAAGCUGGUGGGUUAACUGGGUUCUUGGUGUGUUGGGAAUGGGUCUCACAGGGCUUCUGAUUGCAGCUGGACUCUACGUUGUUAUCGACACUGGUAUUAAAGUCAGCUUCUUCAAGCCAUAAGGCAACAAAACAGAAUGAGAUAUAUGGGUGAAGUUGCUCUUAUUAUUUUGUUUCAUUGGUCUCUGUGAAGAGGAAAAUGUUAUUUACAGUUGUAGUGGUUUGCUGCUGUGCUGCUGGCUUCUAAGCUUCAAAGGAAAAGAAAAAGAAAAGAUAAUACAAUUAUAUAUAGGGUAUUUUUUGUUCUUUUUGGGGAUUAUGAGAAUGUUGUAAUUUGACAUCAUAGAAUCUUUUAGGCGUGUAAUAACAAUUUUAGUGGAAAUUUCAUAUUGAAUCUUCA